GUGAGUUCCUUUGAGUAAUACCCAGAAACUCGAGUUAUGGUACUCGAAUAUGAGCGUACAUUGGAGAAAACUCCAACAUGGGCAGUUGCUGUGGUCUGUUUUGUGUUGCUUGUAAUAUCGAUUUUCACUGAGCGUAUCAUAAACUUCAUAGGACAGUGGUUUAGACGUAGACAGAAGCGAGCUCUCUAUGAAGCUCUUGAGAAGAUCAAAUCAGAGCUUAUGCUGUUGGGAUUCCUAUCCUUGUUCCUAACAGUUCUACAAGAUCCAAUCUCUGGUAUAUGUAUAUCAAAGAGUAUUGGAGCCACUUGGCAUCCCUGCAAUGAUGACGCUUCAAAGACUACUGCCAGAAAACUGGAUGAAUUUUCAGAUUCUGGCUUCAGUUUCCGGCGCAUAUUAGCCACAAAGGGAUAUGAUAAGUGCACCGAACAUGGUAAAGUUGCCUUUGUGUCUGCAUAUGGGAUUCACCAGCUCCAUAUAUUCAUCUUUGUGCUAGCAGUUUUUCAUGUGCUCUACUGCAUCACAACCUUGUUUUUGGGAAGAUACAAGAUGAGAAUAUGGAAGUAUUGGGAGAAUGAGACAAAAACAAUUGAAUACCAGUUUAGUACAGAUCCAGAAAGGUUUAGGUAUGCGAGGGAUACAUCAUUUGGAAGGAGGCAUUUGCACUUCUGGAGCGAGUCACCAGUUUGGCUUUGGAUUGUGUGCUUCUUCAGACAGUUCUACAGGUCAGUUACUAAGACUGAUUACAUGACUCUGAGGCAUGGCUUUAUCGUGGCACAUUUAGCACCUGGGAGUGAAACUACCUUUGAUUUUCGGAAGUACAUAAGUAGAUCACUUGAAGAUGACUUCUUAGUUAUUGUUGAAAUCAGUCCAAUUAUAUGGUUCUCAGCAGUUUUAUUCCUUUUGUCCAAUGCAUAUGGAUGGUAUUCGUAUCUCUGGCUACCAUUCAUCUCUUUAUUUAUAAUCCUCUUGGUGGGAACUAAACUACAAGUGAUCAUUACCAAGCUGGGGCUAAGGAUUCAGGAAAGAGGUGCGGUGGUGAUGGGUGCACCGCUUGUUCAACCCGGUGAUCAGCACUUCUGGUUUGGGAAACCACGCUUCUUGCUCUUCCUCAUCCACUUUGUUUUGUUCCAGAAUGCAUUUCAGCUGGCGUUCUUUGCAUGGAGCACAUGGCAGUUUGGCAUAACUUCCUGCUUCCACCAAACACCUCAAGAUACCGCCAUAAGGAUCUCAAUGGGGGUUAUCGUACAAGUUUUAUGUAGUUAUGUGACUCUUCCACUCUACGCUUUAGUGACACAGAUGGGUUCUACUAUGAAACCCACUGUUUUUAAUGAGGGAGUUGCAGAAGCAGUGAAGAAUUGGCAUGGCAAAGCAAAAAAGAAAGGAAAGUUCAGCCUGCAUUCAUCUAAACCUACACCUGACAUGUCACCAGUUCAUCUGUUGCACAAUGACAACAACCACAGUGACGCGGAUGACUUAUAUCCACCUCCAGAAGCAUCAGUCGUCGUUGAAAUGCAACAUCGGGACACUGCAGUUUCAAAAUCCCCAAAGAACAAAGUUGGACCGAGUUCAAUUAGGCAUCCUAGUACUGUUAGAGAAUUAGGCCAAAUUCAUGAGCGUCCACCUCCACUCUCAUUUUCUCAGCCUGAAGUUAUGAGUCCGUCGGGCAUCUCAUCUGCUAGAUCAAGAAAGUGAAAGAGUUAAACUACUGAAAAACACUGCUAACGUAAAACAUUCUUUCUACUGCAAGAGCAUUUGCAGAAACAACACAAUGUACUUGUGUUAGCUGUAAAGAGUAGGAUAUACUAGUACUGCAAAAUGCAUUAUGGUACAGUAGUUAUAUUCUUUCUUUGUUCUUCU